CGCCGGUUGGUAGCGCAAACUUCUCUUUGUGGUUUUUGCAAGGUGAUGCUCCGAACAGCGUCCUCUCUAUUUGGAGAAAGGGAAGGGAAGAAAGAAGCGAGGGAAAACUUUCAAUAAUCGGAAGAUUAACCAAGAUCAGGAGGCUGCAUUUCUCACAGCCAAUAUGAUGCGUUGGGUGACCCUCCUUUCAUUCUCGGUCAUUUUCCGCCUGUUUUUUGACCUGCCCUGGGUUCAAAUCGUGCCAGCCCUUUUCAUAUUCUACUUGGGCUCCGGUGGAUGGAAGUUCCUCCGUAUUUUCGCCAAGACCAUCAAACGAGAUGCCACGACCGCCAGGACCGUCCUGUCAACCCGCCUGAAGAUCUGGUGGUAUGUGAAACACCGCACCACCAUCCCCAAGAUCUUCCAGCAGACGGUGCAGAGACAUCCGGAGAAGGUAGCCCUCAUCUUCCAAGGCACAGGAGAAACGUGGACUUUCCGCCAGCUGGAUGACUACUCCAACCAGGUGGCCAACUUCUUCUACGAGCAGGGCUUCCGCUCGGGGGAUGCUAUUGCCCUCUUCAUGGAGUCCUGCAACCAGUACGUUGGCCUGUGGCUCGGACUGGCCAAGAUCGGGGUGGAGGCGGCUCUCCUAAACUCCAACGUGCGGCAAGAAUCCUUGGUCCACUGCAUCAAAAUCUCCCAUGCCAAGGCGGUCAUAUUUGGAAGUGAGCUGGCUGAAGCCUUGAAGGAAAUCCAGCCCUGCUUGGAGAAAUCCAUCCGUCUCUUCUGCUCCGGCGAUCGGCAGGCCGUCAACUCCUUGCCUGGGGUGGAAGAUCUCGACCCUCUGGUUGAGAAGGCCCAGCGCCAGCCGCCCAACCCACCGGACAAGGGAUUCCUAGAUAAACUCUUCUACAUUUACACUUCCGGAACGACCGGCUUGCCCAAGGCAGCCAUCAUCGUCCACAGCAGGUAUUUCCGGAUGGCGACUCUGGUCCACGGCGGCUUCCGCAUGACGCCCGACGACGUGGUUUAUGACACCCUCCCUCUCUACCACGCAGCAGGAAACAUUGUCGGAGUCGGGCAGUGCCUCCUGCACGGAAUGACGGUGGUGAUCCGGAGGAAGUUUUCGGCCUCUCAUUUUUGGGACGAUUGUGUCAAGUACAACUGCACGAUUGUACAGUACAUCGGAGAGAUUUGCCGGUACUUGCUGAACCAGCCGUCCAAAGAGGUGGAGCGUCAGCACCGAGUUCGAAUGGCGCUGGGGAACGGCCUGCGGGCCUCCAUCUGGAAGGAGUUCAGCGAACGUUUUGGCAUCCCUCAGAUUGCCGAGUUUUAUGGCUCCACCGAGUGCAAUUGCAGCGUGGGGAACUUUGACAACAAGUUGGGGGCCUGUGGCUUCAACAGCAGAAUCUUGCCCCACGUUUACCCCAUCAAGUUGGUGCAAGUCAACGAAGACACCAUGGAGCUGAUCCGGGGACCAGAUGGGCUCUGCGUGAGGUGUAAACCAGGGGAACCCGGCCAGCUGGUGGGGCGCAUCGUCCAAAGCGACCCGUUGCAGCGUUUUGAUGGCUACCUCAACCACGAGGCCAACAACAAGAAAAUAGCCCGAGAUGUCUUCACCAAAGGCGACUCUGCCUACCUCUCAGGUGACGUCCUGGUGAUGGACGAACUGGGCUACCUGUAUUUCCGAGACCGGACCGGGGACACUUUCCGCUGGAAGGGUGAGAACGUCUCCACGACGGAGGUGGAGGGCACCCUCAGCCGCCUCCUCAACAUGGCGGACGUGGUGGUGUACGGCGUGGCCGUGCCAGGCACGGAAGGGAAAGCUGGCAUGGCGGCCGUGGUAGAUAAGGAGCACACCUGCAACUUGGAGAGCUUUGCUGCAGAAAUGAAGAAAUCGCUGCCCGCUUACGCCCGGCCGGUGUUCCUGCGGUUGCUGAAGGAAGUGCACCAGACAAGGAACCUCCGACAUUUGCUGAUGUGGAUCAAGGAGAACCUGCUGAAAGAGAGGCCUGAAUUGUUUGUGCAAGGAGAGUCAGUGCGCCCGGGAAUCCUAGUGCUUAUUAAUGAUGCAGAUUGGGAACUGAUGGGCAACCUGGAAUAUCAACUGCAAGAUCAGGACCACGUGGUUUUCAUCUCUACCUUACACGGGGGUUAGGCCGCUAGGGGUGUGUGUGUGUGUGUGUCCCAAAACAGCAAGGACAAAACUAAACAACCUGGGUUGAGCCAACUUCUUAAGAAAGCCCCCAAAUUUUGAAGCGUCCUGCAGGGUUGAAUCCCAGCUGUGGAUGGGAAGAAUGUAACUCUGGAGCAUUUUCUCUUGGGCUGUGGGUCAGGCGAGCCCUCCAAGCCGUUGUUGAUUCUUGAGAAACGACGAGGAAACCAGAGGGCAGCAGUUACGCCUUGUUGUGGUUGUGUGUUAUCAGGAGUCCCCAUCUUUUUCUUCCUUAGCGGCCAGAAGAGACAAUCCUAGGACUGAGAUGAGACGUGGGCAGGAGCCUUCUCUGCCUUCCAGGCCUUAGGAUCACACAGUCUGCCUUUGCUUGCCUCUUGUUUGAUCUGCAGACCUCCAACCAGCAUUUCUGUAGCUGAACUGAAAAGCAGCCGCGCGGCCCACCUACAAAUGCUUGCUUUGAAUUUAGGGCGUGAGUCACGCGUGUGCCAAGGAUGUGCAAAAAUCUGGACUGGUCUGGGGGGCGGGGGUGGGGGGUGUCUCCUGCUUGUGCAAGGGAUUGGACUCCAAGACCUCCAACUCUUGUUAUUCUGAUUGUUCUGCUUGCCUUUUUUGUACCUGUGUUUUAAAUAAAUACUGCGCAGAG